GUUUUAGGGACUAGCGAGCUAGGCCUAGGCCGCCGUGGCGGCGACUUUUCCCCGUUACACAUCAGCACUUUAACAACACCGGUAGUUGUCGCUCCUGGGUCUCCGCUUGAGGCGGGAGCUGCUGGGCCCCGCCGUCGCCACUGUCGCCGCCCCCGGGUCCGAGCCCCUGGGUACCCCCGCCGCGGCCAUGAAGCUUCGGGUCCGGCUUCAGAAGCGGACCUGGCCGCUGGAGAUGUCGGAAGCGGAGCCGACGCUGGGGCAGCUGCGCGCGCAUCUGGGCCAGGCCUUGUUGCCCACUUGGGGGUACAGUUCUGAUACCCGGUUUGCAAUUACAUUGAACAACAAGGAUGCCCUCACUGAAGAUGAAGAGACCUUGGCUUCAUAUGGGAUUGUUUCUGGGGACUUGAUAUGUUUGAUUCUUGAAGAUGCCAUUCCAGCACCUAACUUACCUUCAUCCACAGAUUCAGAGCAUUCCUCACUCCAGAAUAACGACCAACCCUCUUUGGCCGCCAGCUCUAACCAGUCCAGCAUACAAGAUGAACAACCGAGUGAUUCGUUCCAAGGACAGGCAGCCCAGUCUGACGCCGGGGAUGAUGACAGUAUGCCAGGGCCUAGUCAAGACGUUGAAGUGGAGUCAGUUCAGGAUACUGUGGAUGUGGAAGAGGGCACGGGUUUCUAUCCCUCAGAGCCCAUGCUCUGCAGCGAGGCAGUGGAAGGGCAGGUGCCCCACUCACUGGAGACCCUGUAUCAUGCAGCCGGCUGUUCUGAUGCCAGUGACGCCUUGAUCGUGUUGAUCCACCUUCUCAUGCUGGAAUCGGGCUACAUACCUCAGGGGACAGAAGCCAAAGCAGUGUCGAUGCCAGAGAAGUGGAAGUCGGGUGGUGUGUAUAAGUUGCAGUAUACCCACCCCCUCUGCAAUGGCGGCUCUGCUGCGCUCACCUGUGUGCCUUUGGGAAAGCUCAUCGUCGUCAACGCUACACUAAAAAUCAACAGUGAGAUUAGAAGUGUAAAACGAUUGCAGCUGCUACCGGAAUCUUUUAUUUGCAAAGAGGAACCAGAGGAAGAUGUAGCCAAGAUAUACAAAGAUCUUCAGAAGCUCUCCCGCCUCUUCAAAGACCAGCUCGUGUAUCCUCUUCUGGCUUUUACCCGACAAGCUCUAAACCUACCAGAUGUAUUUGGGUUGUUGGUCCUCCCACUGGAACUGAAACUACGGAUCCUCCGACUUUUAGAUGUUCGCUCCGUCCUGUCAUUGUCUGCAGUUUGCCACGACCUCUUCAUUGCUUCAAAUGACCCACUCCUGUGGAGGUGUUUGUAUCUGCGGGAUUUUCGAGAUAGUACUGCCAGAGCUCGAGAUACAGAUUGGAAAGAACUGUACAAGAAGAGGUACAAGCAGAGAAAAGACGCUCAGAGAGCACGCCAUUUGGUGUUCCUGCCACCAACCCACCCCAUUCCAUUCUAUCCCAUGCCCUUUCCUUCCAGCCCUCUCUAUCCUCCAGGAAUUAUUGGUGGUGAAUAUGAUGUAAGACCAGUACUUCCCUUUGUUGGGGACCCAAUCAAUUCACUCAUCCCUGGGCCUGGGGAGACUCCUGGCCAGUUUCCUCCACUCAGACCACGUUUUGAUCCAAUUGGCCCAUUUCCAGGACCUAACCCCAUCUUGCCAGGGCGAGGAGGUCCAAAUGACAGAUUUCCCUUCAGACCCGGCAGGGGGUGGCCAACUGACAGCCGGCUACCAUUCAUUUGAUUGAUUUGUACUCUUGUUCAUGAGCUUGUUUUGUUUUUUCAAACUCAGAUGUCAUCUCUUGGGGUGUUGAUCCCUAGUUUAUUUUCUGAUCCUGACUGUGGUGGUGAGAUGUGCAUUCACAGAAGCCUUUCAGUAGAUAUGUUACAGCUCCAGGGGUGAUCCCCCAGGCCCCAGGGCUACUGCUGUCAGACCCUUGGUCUGGGGAAUAGAUGACUUCUGAUUUCCUGCCUCUGGGUCCCCCUUUAGAAUGAAGGUUGUUUAUUGAUAAUGUUCUGCAUCAGAUUAAAAAAGUUAACAUGUAAACAAUAUGGCAGUCUUGACUUUUAUUGCAGAAAGAUACAUAAUCAAAACUCCAAAUGGCUUCACAAUGUGACUUGGACAUUUAAAAGUCAUCAGAGAACCUAUUCAGUGUCAUCCAGAUUACUGGUUACUGUAGGGGGCUUCCUUUUAAUUUUUUUAAUGGCACCCAUUCUUCAAAUGUAGUCACUGGCAGAAGCCCACUUUAUAAAACGAAUAAAAGAAGAGCUAGCCUGGUUGAACUGCCUUGGGGUGGGUGCUCUGGACAUCCCCCAGCUCAGUCGACCUGCUCUCUCUGCAGCUCUUUCUGAGGCUCCGUGGUGGAGCUUCCUGGGCUCUGUGCACCGGCACCGUUGGAAGACUGUUAGGUUACAGGGACGCACGUUUCUGGCUCCUGGGGUAGCUUGCUCCGAAUGAAUUUUUUUUUUCUCUGCAUUUUGAAUACUCGGUUCCUAAUUUGUAAUGUAAAUAGAUGACAUCUUUUAACAACAGUUUUACUGCUUAGGGUGCUUGUUCUUUAAAGCUCUCCUAUUACCUGAAGAACAUUUUGCUUUUAAUUGAAAUAGACAAAAUUCAAGAUUUAUUUUUCCUACAACAAGAAAAAGGCAAAACACAAGUGAUUUAUCAUACAAACACUGCAUGGAAACAUGCUGGAGUGAUAGGAAUUAAAAUCUGAACCACAACACAGGGAUAAAACUAUCAGGAUCUGCAGAAAACAUGUAGGAAUAUUGCCAGUAUCUUCCUGUUGUGCAUAUAAGGAAAUGGCUUGGGAUGCUAUGUGCUGUAAGAACACUGUGAAUUCUAUAUAUAAGUGAAAAUAUCGUUUGAUUCUACACAUAUGUAUUGAGUCUUUUUCCAUCACAGUGAAGAAAACUCAAUAACAUUUUUCUAGAGGCUAUGUCACUCGGAGUAGCUUAAUGGAUAGGUAGAAGGUUAAGCUGUUGACCUUUUUGUGUUUUUUUUAAUAAUAUAGGAGCUACUAGACAGUCUUCAAACAAGUGUCCACGUGAUGCCAUAUGGCUUUAAUUGGGCCUAGUUUUAAAAGGGCCACCUUGAAGCUUUGAUGGAUCCAAAUAUAUAUAAUUCCUCUACUACAUUUCUUUGUGGCCUUGUCAUGUGAAAUUGCAAUGUGUGUGGGCACGCAUGUGUGUGUGUGUUUGUGGUGGGAAUGGAAGGAUGUAGUGAUGACUAGAAGCACCAAAUACUAUAAAACAAUGAAUUUUCAAAGUGUAGGCAUUUUCAAAUGUUCCUUGAAUGAUGCUGGUGUCCCUGGAUAUAGGUGCUACUUUUCUAACCUUCCCUUGGACUUACUGGCAGACGUUACAAAUCUCUUAUUUUGGAAUACUGACAGUGUGCCCUAAACAUAAAUCUGCAGUCUUCUCAAAAUAGUUUAUAAUAAAUUCUUAGCAAAACGUAGCCCCUCGGAGCUUUUCCUUUCAAAGAGCUAAAUUUAUGGUUAGAAGCUCAUGAAAUCCUAGAUUCUUUUCGUUAGACUGAGACUGCUGAGUUCUGUGUAUUGCUGGUGUGUAACGAGAACGAAAUCAUGAUUUGGCAGUAGCCUGUGCACUGCAUGGUUUUGUGACAUCACCUUGAUAAAUUGUUGUGGAAACAAGAUAGUUGUAGAGCGCCAUGACAGACGCUCCACAUCACUGGCUUAUAGCCUUAAGGACUUUCUGUGGCCCCUUAUUUUCCCUUUUAUUUUUAUUAACAGGAACUUGCUCUCUUCCCUCCUCAUUUUCCCUGUUGAUAAGCAAAAGUUACUGGUUUGGCGUGAUUGAUAACCAAAUCGUGGGAGGGAUCCUCCCUUUCCGAUUUACUAUUUUAUGAUUCAUCAUGUAAAACGAGCCCUGGUGGCGUAGUGAUUAAGGAACUUGCCUGUUAACCAAAAGGCUGGCGGUUCAAACCCACCAGCUGCUGCCUGGAAACUCUUUGGGGCAGUUCUACUCUGUCCUUUAGGGUCCCUAUGAGUUGGAAUCAACUGGACAGCAAUGGGGCUGGGACCAUCCUUCCAUAGUGAAACUCUUCCUCAGCAGUCUCCAGUUGGUGCUCCUUUGCUGGCUCUCCUCUCUGGCCACUCCUUCACCAUCUCCUCCAAAGACUUUUCUUUCUGCACUCAUCCCUAUUCAGUCAGCACUCACUACCUGAGCACUCCCUCAGCUUCAUCUGCCAUCUACACGUACAAGGUUGCCCAAAUCGCAUUUCUUACCCAGUGGCAGGCUUAUACAGCCAACUACCUCCUCAACAUCUUCACCUCUGUGUCCCAUGGGAAUCUCAGAGUAAAUGUUCAAGACCACGCCUGUUAUCUUCCCCAACAAGCCACCUUAGCGCCUCCUCUUCCUCCUGUGACUACCAUCUCUUUGAAAGGAACCGCCAGUAGCUCAGGUACUUCAAAAAAAACAACCUGAGAGUCAUCUCGUCCUCCUUUAUCUCCAAGUGGUCAGCAAGUCUUGUCAACUGCCCUCCGCUGAUGUUUCUUAGGAGUCUCUGGGUGGUACAAAUGGCUAACGCGCUCAGCUGCUAACCCAAAAGUUGGAGUUCCAGUCCACCCAGAGGUGCCUUGGAAGAAAAACCAAAACCAAACUUGGAAUCAACUCGUUGGCAUUGGGUUUGGCUUUUUUAAAAUGUAAAACCAGUGUUGCACUCUGUCCUCUCUCAGUCUUGCUUAGCUUUUCCCAGUUCCUGCUUAGCUUAAUUAUCUCUCAUUCUUUAACAGAGCUGGAUAUACCUCCCUUUGCCCCUCCCUAUACUUGGGGCCCAGCGACAAGGAUUGACUUCUGUCCUAGCCUGGGCAGUAGCUGCCUAAUUAGAAAGCAUCAGAGAGGAGUCAGAGAAGUCCUGGUUCUCUGGUCUGCCAUAGCCAUGGUUAAUAUUCCUUUGGGUAGUCUCCAGUGGACUGUUGAAGAUGUGGAGUGGAUGAGGUUAUUGGGAAAUACGAGGUAAGUCACAUUAAAUAAAUGCUCAACCUUAACUGACUUAAAUAACUAUCCUGGGAUUCCUUCCCGGAGAAGCUAUAGCACUUAAGUUUCUGCUAUAGCACUUAAGUUUCUGCUGUUCUGCAUCAGAAAAGGUAAAAUGUUAAUUUACUUGGCGAGGCAACGUUCCCUUGCUUCUGCUCUGGUCGCUGAAUGAAAUGGCAGAGAGAGCGGAUACUUAAAAUAUGAGACUUCGGAAGUUGAAAUAAAAAAGUCAAUAUAAAAGCAAUGAAAAGUA